AUGCCGAGCGGCACCGCUCCGCAAGCCAGGUCCGCCUCGAGCCUCGAGAUGGUGGAACAGGGGCUCCGGAGGACGAACCUCUACCACUCGGCGAGGGGCACCGUCGUCAUGCUCGUGCUCCUGUCCAUGACCGCCUUCGGCACGCUCGCGGCGGCCCUCAGCAAGAUGCGGCCCGGCGACCUCAGCCACGACGCCGUCGUGGCCCUCGCCGUCAUCCUCGCCGUCUCCCAGAACGCCACCCUCCUCGUCUUCGUCCGCCACCGCUGCAUCAACCCGCCCCCGGCCCACGUCGGCCGGACCGUCCUCUUCUACUACCUCAUGUGGAUCAUCAUGCAGGCCGUCGGCUUCGUCUGCGUCGACCACAUGUGGCUGAGCUCCUGGCCCGAGACCGUCAAGAACCUGUGCUCCAUGUGGAUGCUGCUGAGCAUCCUGACCAUGGGGCUCUGGACCAUCGCCAUCAUCUCCGCCGCCAGCAGGCGGCUCGGCCACCAGUAUCCCGAGUUCCGCACGGCCCCGAGGCGGACGGCGACGGAGCGGGUCGAGACGAGACGUACGGCGCCGGCAGUGGUGAGAGGCGCCACCGGCGAGGAGGCUGCCGGCAUCCAGCCACCGCCGUAUGCUGCUGUGCGAGACACUAAGAAGGGGCUUGCUUGA